UUUAGAACCGCCCUUUCAUGGUCACGUACAUACAAAAACGGUUUCUCGGCUCUGGCACCUAUUCAAAAGUAUACGAAGCCGUCGACCAGAACAAUAAUCGGUUCGCAUUAAAAAAGAUACGUCUAUUCGAAGAGGAAGGGACACCCAGUACGGCCUUGCGCGAGAUAUCCAUUCUAAAAACCUUACAUCAUCCAAAUAUUAUCAUUUUGGUGGAGGUGGUGCACACGCCCAGUUUUUUAACGCUAGUUUUUGAGUACAUGGAUUUUGAUCUGAACGCAUUUAUAACUCACUAUGGCUUUUCUAUGGAUCUCUUCGAACAGGUUGUCAAAGGUGUAUCGUAUAUACAUGCUAUGAAGGUCGUGCACAGAGAUUUAAAACCACAAAACAUUCUAGUUAACUCAAAAAGACAGGUAAAAAUUGCAGAUUUUGGUCUUGCGCGUUCACUUGCCGUAACUAUUCCGGUUUUAUCGUCUGAGGUUGUCACGCUGUGGUACCGCUCGCCAGAGCUUCUCUCUAACAUGCAGGAUUACAACUAUUUCGUGGAUAUGUGGAGUGUUGGCUGUAUACUCUUUGAAAUGCUGACGGGAUGCGUGUUAUUCAAAGGGAAUAGUUCAAAUGAGCAGCUGGCCAUCAUUCACAAUGCAGUUGGUCAUAGAAAGCGCUUUUUUGAGUACCUUAUUGAUGUGUUGGGCACUGGUAACGCAUUCUAUGUCGAGAUUAUCAUGGGAUGCUUAGAUAUGAAUGUGAAUCAGAGACUGAGUGCAUACGAAAUUGAAAUAAUGUUAGGAAUUUAAACCUGAGAAUGUAAAUAAAAUAUAAUAACCA